GGCGCUGUGGCGCCGCCAUGGAAAACUUCCGCUUGCGUCUGCCCGUUGUACACGUUGGAACCUGGUGAAAAAUCGGGCUUAUUCCGAUGCCGAAGUGCCCCUUAUUUAUUUAAUGCGUGCUCUUCCACACCGGGACCUCACACUAUGUGCUCCAUGCGAAUGCUUAUAGCUUUUGUGGCCAUCGUACAGACUGCGUUUGGUGUAGAGCUGACUUUUGAGCUGCCGGACAACUCUAAACAGUGCUUUCACGAAGACAUCGAGGCGAACAAACAGACUACGGUGGAAUUUCAGGUGGUGACGGGUGGGCACUACGAUGUGGACAUGACCCUGAAAGGGCCGAAUGAUGAGACCCUGUACCAGGGCGUCAAGAAGCAGUUCGACACAGUCAAGAUCACGCCCAAGACAGCCGGCACGUACACGGCCUGCUUCUCGAAUGAGUUCUCAACCUUCUCGCACAAGCUGGUCUACAUGAACUUCCAGGUGGGCGAGGAGAAGCCCCUGCCGGGACUGGGCGAGCACUACACGGCGAUGACCAAGAUGGAGUCUUCGUCCGACUCUGUGCACAACAACCUGAACACCAUUGUGGACUACCAGACGCACCACCGGCUGCGUGAGGCACAGGGCCGCAAGCGUGCCGAGGACCUGAAUGCGCGGGUGCUUUACUGGUCAAUUGGCGAAACCAUAGCUAUGCUGGUCAUCUUUGUCGGACAAGUCUUCGUGCUCAAAGGCUUCUUCACCGAGCGAAAAACGAUUGUGACCACAUAAAAUUGCUUCCGAGCCCUCCCUGCCACUGUUGCCAGCAUCCCCCCAUUCCCACUGCAUCGUCUUUUUCCCCAUCUCUCUCUCUCCCUUUUCUGUUUGCUGUUCACCAGGAUAAUACAGUACAUUGCUGGUUGCUCGUUCAUAGGGCGUUGCGAAUCCCAUACGUUAGAAAGCGAUAUCAAGGUGGUGUCUACACACGUCUGUUGGAACAGGGGAGAUGUCUUUGGGACUUAGUCGUUGCACAGUUUUCACCUUGCGUUGCCUUGAAGUGAGCGUUCCGGGAAUGGCGAUUACGAAUCGACAACGUUGCACAACGGUCAUGAAAGGGGGCACCGCAAAAGAGCAUGCGUCGGCUGAGUUAUUUUCUUUUCUUCUUUUUUGUUUUUGUUUUUUGCUGACCCAGACGCUUUUGGAAGUCACAGGAUAUCGGACAACUAGCAUCGGCAGGUUGGUAACGGUAGCUGUGAAGCAUUUCACCUGUUUUGCCUGACUCUGCAGCACCAUCUGUCGUUCGGCCUCUUACCACCCAACACGUAAGGUAUGGACUGUCUAAGUGUAGGGGAACAAGUGUUGCAGUGACAGGUGGAGCAAGCUGAUCUGAGAAGCCCAUACUGAUUGGCCACAUUUCCGUAAAGGUUUGCUUGCUCAUUGCAGACCCGUGCACCAAGAAACUUGCGUGUGUGCUAAGCAACGCAUCUGUGUCCCUAGAUGUCUUGGUUGAAUGCGGCAUCUUAUAUUUCACAGAUUUCAACUGAAAGGCAUGUGGAAACUUAAAUCACUAGCAGUUUUGAGAGGUGUGUGUGUGCAAUUGAUGAUACAGAGUUCUUUAAAAAAACGAUGCAACUUAGAAAUUGGCCAUCAGUCUAGAUUGCCUCUCUGUCAUCUUGUGCGGCUAGCUGUUCACUGGUGCUACGGCACCCAUAGGACAACGACGCCACGAAGGCGGGUGCUAUAUGAUCAGCAGUGAAUUUUGGCAGUGCACAGUGCUUGCUGUUCACCAGCAUAUCACUUUUGGGCAUCGUUAUCAUCCAACGCUCGUCACUCAUGGUGGGCAUCACCUCUCCAUUCUGAAGCUUCGCCAGCUUCUGCCAUGUCGUGUAAUCUGCAAGUGCUUUUCAUUCAAAAAAAGUAGGGUGCUCCAGUUUUGGUCCCAGAACCUAAGAUAUGUCAAUGUGAUAUGAGCCCUGUGAUUAGAAUAAAUAUCCAAGGAAAAUCUUGCAGAAAGAGCACAUUGAGAUAUAUAAUGCAACUGGUUGCAUUUGAAGUGCAAAAGUCCUCGGGGGAGGAGGUAUGAUCACUACUGCCGUGCGUUCCCAAACCUCUACGCUUCAUCCCAUCCUUUUCACGGAACAGCCACGAUUCGAAUCUCUCGCGUAGCACAGCGUUGUGGGCAAACCACUUGACUGGGCUUUAGUAAAGCUGCUGCCACCCCACUCCUUAUGUCAUGCGAGUUCGAUGUGGCAUAUGUGUGCCUAGCUGUAAAUAACCUUUGUACAACGCUGAUGACCCAGUCAAGGGUAGGUGGAGUAGAUAUUGGUAUGAUAAGUUCGAGAGCUAUUGCUACAUCGACGGGAGCACAGAAUUUGAAAGUUAAAAAUCUUAAGUCUGGCUAUUCUCGGGUAGCGAUACGUCGGCGAUGUAUGUGGAUACGGGGGUUUGUUCUUUUUGUGAUUUGAAGACCACUUCGCCAUUCGAGAUUGACUAAUAAAAAGAGCACUUGCACUAUGAGGACUA